GCGCGCACAUUCACAGUGUGUUGAUGACACAUAGGCAGCACGAGCGUAGCGUCCAGUACUUACGCCAGCUGAUACGGAACCGUGCGCGGGACAAGAUAGGGGCGCCUGGGCAGAAGGAAAGCGCAUCGAAGACACAGCCGGCGAGUACUAACGGGCAGGACUGGCGACUGGUUCGAACAGUCUACGAUCAGACAGGAACCCAACCGGAGGUGUGCACCAGCGCAGAGUAGACAAUCUGUCCAGCUCGAAGUGUUUGAUACCUUCAGGAAAAGUAACCGUUUUACACUAGUUACCCAGCGCAGUAGUGAAGCUAGUGAAGUGCAGUACAAAAAUACCAGUUUUUAAGUGCCUUAAGUGAUUAUUCGUAAAUUAUUUCAAACGAAUUAAAACGUGUGUGUGGUUUUUUUUCGGUAGUGAAUGCUGAGACCUUUAAGCGUCUGCUGAUAAUGGCGAAAGUCACCCAGCAACCGGCGGAAGAUCGGACCGAUCUGUCCUCCGCAGAAGACGAACACGAACAGCUGACCGCUUCCUCGAAUCUGCACUACAUACAGCCCACGUUCAUAUCGCUCAUUAGCGAAAAGCAAUGGAAGCCGGACGCCGUGCGGCAGAACGAUGGGGCGGUGUACGGUAUGAACAAGAUGACUACGAUCCUGACCAAGGAAGCCCACACGAACGGGGCCCGGAUGCAGCUGAUCAUGAGCAUACUGGCCAACCUGACCGUGCUGUCGUCCGGUAUGGGGCUGGGCUAUUCGGCCAUCACGCUCCACGCGCUUACCAGCGAGGAUAAUCCGAUGCGAAUGAAUUCUAGCCAGGCGUCGUGGUUCGCUUCCAUCAGUUCGUUCGCGUGCCCACUCGGUGGUCUCGUUUCCGGCUACCUGCUGGACCGCAUCGGACGCAAGAAGACGCUCAUGCUUAUCAACGUCCUAUCCAUCGUGUCGUGGUCACUGAUCGCCGUUUGCAGUAUGACUAACUUUGAUCUGAUGUACACACAGAUCCUGAGCGCUCGUGUCAUCAUCGGCAUCGUCAUCGGGUUAGUAAGCGCACCGGCAUCCAUUUACUCGGCAGAAAUCGCCACACCGAAGAUGCGUGGCCGCCUGACCGUGCUGACGUCGCUGAGCAUUGCCGUCGGUAUACUGCUGAUCUACUCGAUGGGUUACGUCGUGCCACACGACUUCCGACUGGUGGCCGCACUCGCCGCGGGCGUCUGUGUACUGUCGCUGGUGCUGCUGUUCUUCAUGCCCGAAUCGCCCGCCUGGCUGAUGUCGAAGGAUCGCGAAGAGGAAGCCGAACGAUCGCUCAAGAAAAUCCGUGGCUACGGUGCGUACAGUCAGCGUAUUCCGGAGGUGGAGAAAGAGCUGAUGCGCAUGCGGGACAACGUGAUGGCGCAGCGUCGUGCCGGGCAGGAAAGUUUCCUGCGGCUGCUGAAGCAACCGCAAGUCUACAAGCCGCUCGGUAUCAUCAUCGGGUUCUUUGGGUUCCAGCAAUUCUCCGGCAUCUUCGUGAUCGUUGUGUACGCGGCGAAGGUAUCGUCGGAGGCCAGCGUUUCGAUGGAUCCGUUCCUUUGCACGGUGCUGAUCGGGAUCACGCGCGUCGUAGCCACGCUGAUGGUGGCCUACAUACUGGACACACUCGGUCGCAAACCACCGUCCAUCUUUUCCGGCGUCGGUAUGCUUGUGUGCAUGUUUGGACUGGCACUGUGCAGCUACUUCCCGCCGAUCGAGCAGCUGAAGUGGAUCCCGACCGUCCUCAUACUGACGUACAUCUUUACCAGCACGCUCGGAUUUCUCACCAUGCCGUUCUCAAUGUUGGCCGAGCUGUUCCCGCAAACGGUGCGCGGUCCGGCUUCGGGCGUUACCGUGUUCUUCACCUACCUGAUGUCGUUCUUCACGAUCAAGCUGUAUCCGACGAUGGUGGAGUAUCUCGGCAGUGCGAAUGUGUUCAUCAUCUACGGUGCCGUCUCGCUGCUGGGCGUACUGUACGUCAUCUACAUUGUGCCCGAAACGAAGGGCAAGUCGCUGCAAGAGAUCGAGGAUUACUUCCGUGGCAUGUCGCACGGUUCAACGCCAUCGCAAGAGGUGGAGGAGGAUGAAGUCAGCCAUCUGUCCGCGGAGAGUGUGUGUUACAAAGAAACAGUGGAAGCGUUUAUCCGCGAAUCGAGCGUGCUUCCGACGGUGGAUCCUUGCUGUUUAGACGUUCGUGUGCGAAUAGUCGAGCUAAUCGGUCAAGGCUGUGCACUGGAUGCUGCCCAGCUGGUGGACCGUUUGUUCCCCGGCUUGCUGGAAAAUGAAUUCAGUGUAAAGUUCCAGCUACUACAGCUACAUCUGAUCGAGCUUAUCCGAGCGGGGCGUACGGAAGAUGUGCAACCGCCCGGAACGUACACAACAUACAUCUCACCACCACAACACAGCCGGGAAACGUGGGUCGUACUAUUUGGCGACACCAUGAGUGGAAAAGAUACGGCCGAGGUGGAGGCCGCCCUCCACGAGAAGUCACCGGCACCGAAGAGUCCAACGCAUGCCGUCCUUACGCAGCUUACACGCCGGGCCGCCAUCAUCCAGAUAGUGAUGGCAGUGGUGGCCAACAUUACCAUCAUCUCCUCCGGGAUGGGCAUUGGCUUUCCUUCGAUUGCUAUGAUCGAGCUGACGAACUCCACCAGCUCGGUAGUGCUGUCGGAAUCCGACGCGACGUGGUUCGCAUCCAUCACAUCGAUUAUGUGCCCGUUCGGUGGACUGCUUUCCGGCUAUCUGCUGGACAAGGUCGGGCGUAAGAAAACGCUCUACUUUAUCAACAUCAUAUCGAUCGUUUCCUGGGCAAUCAUGUCUUUCGCGAGCCGCACCGAUAGCACCACCCUCUUCAUCCAGCUAAUCGUGGCGCGUAUAAUAAUAGGCAUUGCGAUAGGCUUAUCGAGCACUCCGGCAUCGGUAUACGCGGCCGAGGUGGCCCAUCCAAAUCUUCGCGGGCGCCUAACGCUGCUGACCGCCUUCUGUACCGCCAUCGGCAUGCUGUGCAUCUACACGCUCGGCUAUGUGUUCAAGAAUGACUGGCGGUUCGUGUGCAUGAUCUGUGGCGUGUUUACCGUCGUAUCGCUGCUGACGGUGAUACCGCUGCCCGAAUCACCUAGCUGGCUGGUGAGCAAGAAGCGUAUGCCCAAGGCCGAACGAUGCCUGAAGGUGGUGCGCGCCAUCAAGGAGGACGAUCAUCCCGAGAUACGGGCCGAGCUGGAUGCGCUCCAGGACAACAUUGCCCGGUUCCGGUCGUCGCAGGAUGGCAAAAACUCGAAGCUGGAUCAGCUGAAGAAACCGGAAGUGUACAAACCGCUCGCCAUCAUGUGCACAUUCUUCUUCUUCCAGCAGUUUACCGGCAUCUUUGUGAUCAUCGUGUACGCGGCCAGCUUCUCGAUCGAGGCCGGCGUUGCGAUCGAUCCGUUCCUGAGCGCCGUGUUUGUGGGAUUGACGCGCGUGGUAACGACGGUGCUGAUGUCGUUCAUCUCCGACAAGUUUGGGCGUCGUCCGCCGGCACUGUUUUCCGGCUUCGGUAUGGCUACCUGUAUGUUCGGGUUAGCCGUCUGUGCCAUCCAUCCGGUGAGGGGCACAUCGCUUGCCUGGAUCCCGACCGUACUGCUCGUUGCAUUUAUCUUUACCGCCACGCUCGGGUUCCUCACGCUGCCGUUCUCGAUGAAUGCGGAAGUAUACCCGACCAAGAUCCGUGGUUUCGCGUCCGGGUUGACCAUCUUCUUCGGGUACACCAUGUCGUUCAUUAUUCUUAAAGUAUAUCCCUCGAUGGUGGAGACUAUCGGCAACUCGAACGUCUUCAUCCUGUUCGGUUGCCUCUCGAUGCUGGGCAUCGUGUUCGUGUACUUCUUCCUGCCCGAAACCAAGGGCCGCACGCUGGAAGACAUCGAGAACCAUUUCCGGGGUAAAAAGUCCUCCGACCUGCCGGAGGUCGAAAUGAAAACUAUGCUAAAGGCCAACGAAGCUGGACAACGCGAUUGAUGCAAUGCGGAACAGCAACAACAACAAAAAAACACCAGAAGACACACCAACGACCACCCGAACCAACGAAACAAAAAUGAACAACUCAAUGGAACCAUGAACUGUGAUAAGGCACCCGAUACAUUAACGAUGAUGUGCGCGAUUUGUUUUUCGUUGUAACCGUUGUUUCUUUGGUUUGUUAGCACGGAACGCGUUUCACUUAUGACUGCUACUUAAGCUACCGGUGGUCGCAUUCAACGACCACAUUGUACAGGGAGCACAAGAGAGAGGGAAGAGACCACAGCAUCACACGCACUGCCUGCAAAACUGAAAUAUCAGAGUUCUAAAGACGACAGGUUUAGUAAUGUCAAGUAAUGUAACGGAAGGAGGGAAACCAACUAAUCGUCCCUGCUAAUAAUAUACAAGAGACACGAAUCUUUCACUACACAA